AUGAAUUUAAAUCAAAGGUUUGUAUUCAUAUGCGCAUUUAUUGUUUUAAUAUCUCAAUUAUCAUUUGGACAAGUACCAUGUCCAGUUGAAGAAGAUCCAGUACAAUUAGCUGAAUGUGCUCAACUUGAUGUUCAAGCUAUAAUACAAGCAGCAAAAGGCAAUUUAAAAUUAUUUUGUAAUUUAGCUGAACGAUAUAUGGAAUGUUUUAAAACUAAAACAAGAAAUUGUAUUGGUGGAUGGGCAGCUCAAGGUGGUUUGACUGAAUUACAAAAUUUAGCUCAAUGGUGUUGUGUUAAUCCGGGUGUUCAAGAACCUGAUGAAUGUCCACUUCGUCGUAAUCCAAAAUGUUUUUCGGGUGACGGUCAUGUUUCAAUGGCAAAUGGUGAAAUAAAAGUUUUACGCGAUCUUCGACCAGGUGAUCGUGUACUUGUUAUGAAUUCCAAACAACAAAUUGUCGAAGAUGAAGUUAUUAUGAUGCUUGAUAGUCAACCAAAUCGACCUGCUUUAUUUUAUUCGAUUGAAACUGACACUGGUCAUCGUUUAAGUUUAACAGGAAAUCAUUUUAUUGCCGUUAAUCAUAAUGAUCGUUUUCUACCAGCUAAUAAAAUCAAAGCACAUGAUAUUGUUUUUAUUCAUCAUCAUGGUCAACUUCAACCAGUUACUGUUCGAAAUGUUACUGAAGAGUAUAAAGUUGGUUAUUUUACACCAAUGACUGGUCAAGGUACAUUAAUUGUUAAUGGUAUGGCUGCAUCAUGUUAUUCCAGUGUAAUUAGCCAUGAUUUGGCUCAUUAUAUGUUAGCACCACUUCGUUGGUGGUAUCAUUUGGCAAAACUUUUUUCUGUUGAACAACCAUUUGAUUAUUCACCUGAUAGUGGUAUUCAUUGGUUACCACAAGCCAUGUUACAAUUAACAGAAAAAUAUUUACCAAGCGUAUUGACAACACACAGUUUAUAA